CUCUCUCUCUCUCCCUCUAUCCCUCGUCUCCCUUCCCUCCUGGCCUCUUUCCGGCAGGAGGAGGAGGAGGAGGAGGAGAACCAGGAGGAGGAGGAGGGACUACGUACGCGCCGGCUAGCUCUCUACGGCGUUGCUGACGUCACCUCUGGAAAAUCAAUACCACAGUAAGGUUCGGAGGUGCAGUGAGCGGCCGCGGGUCGGGCGAAGCGAGGCGCCCUGUACUGUCUCUCCCGGGAUGGCCAGCGCGGAGGGCGAGCCGUGUUAGUGGACAGUGCCAGUUAGUGCCUAGGGCUGAGGUGCAGUGCCAGUGACCUCCACCCCCCAUCACCACCCCCAGCACCCCCUCCCCGCCACCUCUCUCCGGCAUGAAGGACCAAUGGAGAGGUGUGAUGACGUAAGCAGUAUGGGUGACACCGAGCCCCUCAUCACCACCACCACCACCACCACCAUCACCACAUUCACCACCACCACCAACACCACCACCGCCGCCGCCACCACCCCUGGCCCCGAACCCGCCACCUCCACGCCCAAACACGCCCACGCUAAUGCCGGAUGAGGGCGGUGGGCGGCAGUGAGGGUGGUGCUGCUGCUGCUGCUGGUGCGGGUGUGGGCGGGGCGUGUCGGCGCGAGGGUGUGCGGCGGGCGUGGAGGGCGCGGCGGGCGUGGUGGUGGGCGGGGCAGCAGCAUGAGUCCGGAGGAAAGUCGCAAGGAGAGGGAGGCUCGCUCGCUGGCCCUCGAGCGCGCCUAUGUGCACGAUGUCUAUGACCAGAUCUCGGCCCACUUCUCCAGCGGCAGGCACCGAGUGUGGCCCCGCGUCAGGCAGUUCCUCCUCGACCUGGAGCCCGGGUCAUGCGUCGCCGAUGUGGGUUGUGGGAACGGCAAGUACCUGCACGUUAACCAGAAGGUGAUGAAGGUGGGAGUGGACCGAUGCCUUAACCUCACCAACACCGCCAAGGAGCGAGACCACGAGGUGAUGGUAAGCGACAACUUGACCUUACCGUUCCGCGACGAGGCCUUCGACGCCGCCCUCAGCAUCGCCGUCAUCCAUCACUUCGCCACCACGGAGCGGCGCGUGCGGGCCCUCAGGGAGCUGGCGCGCAUUCUGAGGAUAGGGGGCAGGCUUAUGAUCAGUGUGUGGGCCAUGGAGCAGCGGCACAGGAAGUUCGAGUCCCAGGACGUGUUAGUGCCGUGGCAUCGCCCGGAACACUCCUCGAGCGACGACAAGACCUCCAGCAUCGAGCGCGACCUCAACUCCACCACGACGGAUGACGACGAUGUGCUGCACUACCACGCCCACAACCACAGCGAUAGUGACUCCUGCCCCUCCAACAGGCAUGGGGGUCGGAAGAACGGGCGGAGACGAACACGGUCUCGCGCCAUAGACCCCAUUGGUGCGGCGUCCUCCUCCCAGAGCUCCUCCGACCUAAGUAGCCCCAACGAAUCCUGCUACAGCUUCGUGCGGCGGGCCCUACAGGUAGCCUCCGACAAUAGCAAGCAGAAGCUGACAAGUAGUCGUCGCGGUUCGUCGUCGUCGGGCAAGUCGUGGUUCCUGCACGGCGGCGGGCUGUCGGCCUUCAAGGCUGACAGCCUGGGCAUGGAGGUGGGCGGCACGUGCGAGCCGCGGCCGUCCCUCAGCGGAGCGGGUCAGCGGCCCUCCGUCAGCAACGACGGCUCCCUCGACUCUCAGGAGAACCUGGACGACGUGCCUAUCGAGCUGCGGCACCUGGAGCCCGACGACCCGGCGCUGCUCGACAUCCCGCUCUCGCCGCUGCCGCUGCUGCCGCCGCCGUCCGGCGCCGCCUCGGGGGACCCGGAGGGCAAGGCCAAGUCCAAGAGCCUUACGGACCUGGUCCAGGCAUCACCGCGCUCCCUCGGGGGUCCGUCGGCGGGGGCCCAGGGCUCCUCGCUCUUCCCGAGGGAGAAAUCUGUGAGUCGUGAAGGCCUAGCUUCGGGGUCAUCUAGCGAGGCGUCCACCAGCGUCCUGCGCUCCAAGUCAAGCUCGUCGUGUUUGUCACUGUCGAGCCGCGAGCUGGUGGUGGACGGGGAGCGUGGCGGCGGCGCCCUCAGGAAGGUGCCCAGCGACGGCCUCAGCGCUGGCAGCGGUGACGAGGAUAAGAGGAAAGGCGGUGCUGUUGACGAUGACAAGGGGGCCGUGGCGGCGAGGAAGAGAGGACCAAAGGACGGCGAAGAAGGGGUAGACUUAGAUAAAGGUGCAGUGCCAGGCAGUGCGGGGCACGCGGGAAGUGUAGCAUUAGGUGACAGUGGCUUGACGGAGGUUGUCGCGGGCAGUCCCCCGCCUUCGGGUAGAAAGAGACCUACCCUCAAGAAGCAGAAAGCCUCCAUUAACGAGGGCGACGCGAGUGACGUGGAGGCGCCCAUCGUGAUCGAGAUCAGCCAGGCGCCGCGCGCAGCGAGCCAGGAGGAGGCGACGCCGGAGCAGGACGAGGACCACCUCAGCAUACCCAAGGGCCCCGGCAUCGUCAAGCAGAGUUCCCUCAACGACGAGUUCAUCUGCAUCGACCGGUUUCUGGAGAAAGAGAAACUGAAGCAGAGCAUUCAGAAGCAGAGUUCCCUUAACGAGGACCUGAUCUACGGCAACAGGCCCGAGCGGCGGGAGAGCCUCCGGGAGUCCCUCUUCACCACACAGUUUCGGAGGCUCCAGAACAUCCGAGAGAGCUUCCAGCGCCUCCGCACGGCGAGCCUUGACCGCUUUGAGAGGGAGAAAUCAGACUCGUCCAUCAAGAAGGGCCUCGUGAAGCUCCUGCAGUCGUGGAAAAGCGAGAUCCUGGUGCCAAAAGACGGCAAGACCGGCUACUUCUCCCGCGACGGGGCGGAGGACGAGGCGGAGGACGCCGAGGGUCAAGGCGCCGACGCCGCCAACUCCGGCACCAUGACGGACGACCAGAAACACACGGAUGCGCGCCGCAGGGGCCAGGGGAUGAUCCACCAACUGGGGCGGUCCUGUGAUAGCGCGGAGGCUCUGAGGACGUGUUUAGUGGAGAAAAAGUUACUGAGUAGGGAGCCCAGUGAACGGAAACCUUCCCGCGAGGAGAGUUCGGACAGCUCCAAAGAAAACAGCUUCCAGAGCGACACGAGUCUGGACUCCGAGGACAGCUGUGUGUCUGUGAUAUUCGUGCCCAAGCCGGGCCAGGCCGGGGCCGCGGACGCUGACAAGGAGAGGCAUCGGUCCGUCUCCUCGGAGUCCUCGGAAGGCUCGGACAAACAACACUCCCCGAAGUCCCCAAGGUCCCCCAAGUCCCCCAAGUCCCCGGGCCCCAGCGGCGGCCGGUACUUUACGCCCACACGCUACCUGGGGGCCAAGGGCGGCGUGAAGGCGGGGCCCAAGAUGGGGACGCAGGUGCUGGGUGGGGCGAGCAGACCCGAGCCUCAGCGCCGCAUCAGCCCUCCCUCAGACGCCCAGCCGGAGGCCUCGGUCACCCUUGCACCGGCUCCGGGGUCCACCUCCGCCCCUGCCAGUGCGGCCGUCACGGAAAAGAGUAAAGUCGAGGCGACUACAGCGACGGCGACGUCGACGACGAAGACGGUGGCGGCGACGGUGGCGAUGACGGUGGCGGUGACGACAACGGCACCGGCGGUGCGAGAAAUGCCAGGCAUCAAGACGGUGGCGAGCGGGGCUCCGAGGCCCGUCCUGGGGCGUGCCGGCAGUGGCUUGGCGCGGGUGCUGGGGCACAGCGGCUCCACGCCCCCCGCCACGCCGCCGCCCACCGCCACGGGCUCCUACUUCUCCCACCACACCCCGGUGCCCCCCAGGAACACCGCCUCCACCGAGCCCCUGCCGCCGCCACAGCCCUCGCCGCCGUCAGCGAGGCAUCAGGAGUCCUCGGCAGGGAGCAGGGCGCCGCCCCCCAGCAGCGUCGUGCCCCCGCUGCAGCCUCCCCCGGCGGGCUCCUCCGGCGGCAAGCAGCACGCCAUCAAGUACGAGCCUCAGGUGGUGAAGCGGGACAGCAGCUUCACGCAGCAGCUGUCCUCGCUGCUGCUCGGCGAGAACAUCGAGAUCAUCCGCAAGACGGGCACCAGCGGCAGCAGGAACGUGCAGAUCGUGCGCAAGACCGUGCCUCGCUACCUCACCUUCGACGUGUUCAACCCCGAGACGGACGACCUGGACAGCGACUCCUCGGCCUCGUCGUCGCCGCACUCCGGCUCGUCGGUCAUCGAGCGCGGCUGGCCCACCGAGAAGGACAUCGAGGAGCUGGACCGCGAGAUCAAGCGGCGGGAGGAGGAGGAGCGGCGGCGGGCGGUGCCUUCCCCGGGGGCUGCAGCGCCGGCAGAGCGGAGCGCGCCGCCGCCCGCUGAGAUGCCCAAACUGUCGCUGGUGGAGGACGUGCACCGCAUGGACACCAUCAGCGAGGACGUCAGGGAACACUCAGGGUCAGAGGUGUACGGUGGUCGCAGGGACAGGCGGCGCGAGACAGCACCAGGCCCGCCGGCAGCCCUCAGCAGGCCGCCCGGCAGCCGCGCCUUCGUCGACCAGACCCUCGGGGCGUCGCGGCGGGAGGCUGAGAGCGGGAAGCAGCGUUCUGUCAGCGUGGGGUCGGCGCCCCCCGCGGACAAGGCGGUGAUGAGCCCAAGCUUCCUCAGCACACCCUCGCCGGGCCCCGGGGCAGCGGGAGGGGCAGGGGCGGGGGAGGCCACGGCAGAGGGCGGCCUCAAGAGGAGCCCCAAGGCCCGGCGAAAGAUGACCAUCGCCCACCUGGAUCACCUACCGCCCCUCCAGCCCCCACCGGAGCACAAGCCUGAGCCGCGGAGGCCCAGCCGCAGCCCCGAGCCUCUGCUGGAGCGGCCCAGCCUGCGCGGCCGCGUGCCGGAGCGCCACCACCAGCAGGCCAAGGCGCUGUCCCCGUUGGGUGCCGACCCGCUCACCCGCGGCGGCGACAUGCGACCCUGGGCGGAGGCGGCCAUCAAGCCCAUCACCGAGACCGUCAACCUGCCGCCUCCCACCUCCUGGCGCGGCCGCUAUUCCCCAGAGAGUGUACUCAAGGGCCUCUCAGAGUUCGACAAGAAGAAGUCUCAGGAAGCGAAGAAGAGCGGCCUUGACCUGCCCUUCGGGUCGCCUAGCCGCGGCACUCUCUCGCCCAGCAGUAGCGUGUCCUCCACCUCCCCCUCCGUCCCCAAGGAGCUCGGGAAGGAGGAUUCUGCCUCCAGGAGUCCACUGCUCAGCUCCCCGACGCCCUCCACCAGCAGCGGGGAGUCCCGCUCGGGGUCGCACGUGGCCAUGUCGCUAUUCCGAGAUAGUCCCUUCUCGCUGGACCUGUUCAAGAUGAACCGCAGCGAGAGCAGCCUGCCGCUGCUCAGCCCCGAGGACCAGCGAGCCAACCACGGCACCUUCAGGGAGUCACCGCGGCCCCUGCUGCUCCCGGGCUCAAAGCGGACUUCCAGGCCGGGAGUGGAGGCUGAGGCGCAGGACAAAGAGACCAGCCCCAAGGGACAUAAGGAGGAGGCGGCGCACGCCAAGGAGGAGAGCCACGCACGGCCGCGGCGGCAACACUCCAGCCCCCUCAAGGUGCGGAUCGAGGACACCAAGACGCAGCGGGACGGCGAGGACGGAAAAAAGACCAAGUGUCGCCUAUGUGCGCGCGAGAACGAGAAGCGGCAGAAGAAGCUUCAGGAGGAGCAGGCGGCCAAGAUCCAGCUGUCCCGCGAGCAGAUGCUGGCGGGGGGCGCGAGGCGGCGGGCGGCCACCCAGGGCAGGGCUGACGGGGCGCGCAGGGGGGAGUUACGCCCACAGGGGUCACUGGACUCAGCCACGGAGCAGAAAGAGUCCGCCUCGACGAGGUCAACGCCGCCGCUGGUGCGGAGCGGCUCCCUAGACCUGGAGAAGGCGGAGAAGACGCAAAAGAUGAACAGCCUCAGCCGCGACGCCUCCACCUCGCAGGACUCCCUCCAGAGCGACAUGGGGGGCGCGCCCACGCUGCACCGCUACUACCACGUGUUCCGCGAGGGCGAGCUGGACCAACUCAUCGAGAAGUACGUCCACAACCUGCACAUCAUCUCCUCCUACUACGACCACGCCAACUGGUGCGUCGUGGCCGAGAAGGUGCAGGUGUGGACCAUAUGAGUGUGUGUGUGUGUGUGUGUGUGUGUGUGUGUGUGCACCGAGCCGCCGCCGCCGUCGGCCAGGUGGUGGAGGCGCUGCAGCUGCCGCGGCGGCGCUGACGUGAGUGGAGCUCUGUGUUUACUGAAGCGGGUACUGAACUUAUGUUUACUGAGCACGCCACGCCGUCUGGUCCGAGUGACUGCCGGACGACUCCAAGACUGAGGAGCAAACUGACACGAAGUGAACCGAACUAAGUGUAUUGCUGCCGCCCUGCCACGAGUCACGUCACGUCUCGUCUCGUCACGUCAACUGAUCCGCCGCCGAUGAUGAUGAUGAGGAGGAUGUUGAGGUGAAAUGACACUCAGUAAGAAAAACGAUCCCUUUUUUAUCAUCACGUUAAAAGAGAUAAAAAAAGAAAAAAAAUACGGACGAACUGGAAACCUUUGUCGCCUUAACGCUGUCAGAAUGAACUAUCAAUCAACACGACUUCCUUAGCACUACUACUACUACUACUACUACUACUACUACUACUACUACUUAGAGACACUUACGUAACAUUGACUGGGUGGUGAAUUGAGAUUAAUGUGUGUGUGUGAGAGAGAGAGAGAGAGAGAGAGAGAGAGAGAGAGAGAGAGAGAGAGAGAGAGAGAGAGGACAGAGGACGAGACCAAUGACAAUGCGAAUGAAUGUAAAAAAAAAUAUAUAUAUGGGAAACAAAACAUACAAAUACGGAAUUGGCAAAAAAAAGAAAGACAAAAAAAUAUAUAUAUAUCCACAUGAGGGUAGGGGAGAAUAAGACAAGAUAUAUAUAACCAAAGAGUAAACAAGAAAAUAAGAUAAGCAAAAAAAAUGAAGAAAAUGGGGGAAUGAGUGACCUUUGCUUGCUUACGAGAAGACAGUUAGCUUCCCGUCUUCUUUCAAUGAUCUCGUCAAAGAAAACGGCACUGCCACCUUGAUUGAUAGACUGAAGGAGUAACUUGUAUAAUUAAGUCAUUGUUUAUUAACGCUCUAGGGAAUAAGUUGCUUCCUAUGUCCACUUUGAACACACAUUUACCGAUCCUCUUUUGUCUCUCCUUGCAAGUUGAGUUAUGUCCAUUAUAUUGAUUGAUUCGUGUUACUGUACCGGUGUGUGUGUGUGUGUGUGUGUGUGUGUGUGUGUGUGUGUGUGUGUGUGUGUGUGUGUGUGUGUGUGUGUGUGUGUGUGUGUGUUCCUCUUCGUUACAAACACUAAUUCAAACAACCCACUCUUGCUCCAACACUCAAACAUACAUAAGCAAUUGUUUUUGUCAUCUCUUAACACUCCAUCUGAUUCAACAGAUGUAUUCCAACAGCUUCGAGUCCCUCAGAAACUUUCACAGCUACAAACUUAACAUUUACAAACACUCAAACACUCCUUCCUCACUCAGACAUACUUAAACAUACUCAAUCAGCGUUUUUUUUCUUCAUCUCUUAACACUUAUCUUAUUAAUCAGAUCUAUUUCAACAAUUUCGAGUCCCUCAGAGACCGUAACAGUUACACACUUAACAUUUACAAAUACUCAAACACUCAUUCCUUCCUCACUCAAACUUACUUAAAACAAACUCAAUCAGCGUUUUAUUUCAUCUCUUAACAGUUCAUAUUAUUCAUCAAAUCUAUUUCAACAGCUUCGAGUCCUUCAGAAACAGUAACAGAUACAAACUUAAGUUGCAAAUACUCAAACACUCAUUCCUUCCUCACUCAAACUUACUUAAAACAAACUCAAUCAGCGUUUUAUUUCAUCUCUUAACAGUUCAUAUUAUUCAUCAAAUCUAUUUCAACAGCUUCGAGUCCUUCAGAAACUUUAACAGCUACAAACUUAACAUUUACAAAUACUCAAAUACUCCCUCCUUCUCCCUCCAACAUACUUAAACAUACUCAAUCAGCUUUUAUUUUCAUCUUUUAACAGUUCAUCUUAUUCAGUAUAUCCAUUUCAACAGUUUCGAGUCCUUCAGAAAAAGUAACAGCUACAAACGUAAUAUUUACAAGCACUCGAAUAUUCAUUCCUUCCUCACUCAAACUUACUUAAAACAUACUCAAUCAGCGUUUUUUUCAUCACUUGACACUUCACCUUAUUCAUCAGAUCUAUUUCAACAGUUUUGAGUCCCUCAGAAACAGUAACAGUUACACACUUAACAUUUACAAACACUCAAACAUCGACUCCUCCUCUACCUCCUCCUCUCACGUCAAAUCCAAACACACACAAGCAAGUACUAUUUCCUCUCAUCUCUUCUACAACAUUUCUCCGCCAUAUUCACUAACAUCUAUUAUUCCAACAGCCUUUCAGCUUCACGCCCUUCAGAAACUUGAACAGCCACAAAAAUAAAUCACUCUCCGUCGUUCAUUUCGUUCAGAUUUCCACAUUUGCCGAUUUCAUAAUGGUGCAUGGUAAUGGUGAUGACGACGUUGAUGAUAACAAUGGUAAUGAUGGUACUUAUGAUGCUGGGUAUGGUAUUCAGUCGUCUAUUACACGCGCGAACUGACGUCGAUGCGAUUUUGUUUUGAUCUAUAAAUGCUCGAAGUGAGGUGUUGAUGCGAUUUUGUUUUGAUCUAUAAAUGCUCGAAGUGAGAUGUCGAUGCGAUUUUGUUUUGGUCUAUAAAUGCUCGAAGUGAGGUGUUGACGCGAUUUUGUUUUGGUCUAUAAAUGCUCGAAGUGAGAUGUCGAUGCGAUUUUGUUUUGGUCUAUAAAUGCUCGAAGUGAGAUGUCGAUGCGAUUUUGUUUUGGUCUAUAAAUGCUCGAAGCGAGGUGUCGAUGCGAUUUUGUUUUGGUCUAUAAAUGCUCGAAGUGAGGUGUCGAUGCGAUUUUGUUUUCUCUCUACCUUUACUUAAUCUUUAACAAGUAACUAUAACCAACCCUAAACAAUAGACUCUUGAACUUUCCUUAACUCUUGACCCCAAACCCUCCUCCCCUCUCCACCCCCUGAGGAAGGCGCAAGAAGGGAGGAUCAGGGAGGGAAGAAGGGAUCAGGGGCGCUACUCCUCUGUAAGUGUGUGUGUGUGUGUGUGUGUGUGUGUGUGUGUGUGUGUACAUAUGAGUGAACCUGCAACAGCCACAACUCUACUCAUAAGAACAAAAUAAAAAUACGUAUAAUAUAUCAGUAGGAUCAGGGAGGGAAGGGAAGGGAUUUGGGCGCGUCUCCUGUCUGUGUGUGUGUGUGUGUGUGUGUGUGUGUGUGUGUGUACAUAGGCGAGUAUAAGUGAAUGAACCAUCAGCCACAACACUAUUACUAAGAACAAAAUACGUAUAUAUCAGUCUCUUCCCUUUACCACUAGGGGGCGCGUCGUCUGAGAGGGCUGUGAUGCGUGUGAGAGAGAGAGAGAGAGAGAGAGAGAGAGAGAGAGAGAGAGAGAGAGAGAGAGAGAGAGAGAGAGAGAGAAGUGUCCUUUCCGGGAUCGGUGUGGGUUGCGACUCUAUUCGCCUCCCUUCACAAUGGCGACUCUGUUCUUUGUACAAACUGUAUUAUAUAUAACGAAUUAUUCA